AAACUCGAUUAAACAUAAAAGAAAUUUAACAGGAUAAAAUGGAAGAUUUUUCAAUGGAUCUGUCAACGUCAUGUGUAAAUUGUGAAGCCAAAGCAAGAGACUUGAUUUUGAUGCAAGAAAAAUAUGAGGCACUUUAUCAAGAACACCAUGAACUGAAGAGGAAAGUUGAAGUCAUGGAGAAAGUAACAUCAGAAUAUGAAAGUGAACUGUCGUUUUUUAGUGGCCAAAGAAGUGAUGACCAAUCAAAAUUAAAGUCUACUCAAAAUGAGUUGGAGUCUGUUGUAUCAAAGAUGCUAAAACUAGAAUCUUUAUUGGAAGAGGAGAAAUUAAAUAAUCAGAUGUUAAAAAUAGAAAUAAGUGAGAGCAAAAAUAAAGUUAAUAAUGAAGAAAAAGUACUGAGUGCUCCCAAUGAAGAGGAAAUAACUGCAUUAACAGAGCAAAUACAAAAGUUAGUGUCAGAGCAAGAGGAUUCACAAAUUAAAAUUAACAAACUUGUAGAAGAAAAUAGUGAAUUGGUAGAUGCUAUUUGUCAGCUGAAACGUGAAAGGCAAAUAUUGCAAGAUGAAUUAACUGAAAUUAAGGAGCAUCUUCAGCAGAAAACUAACGAUCUACAAAAUGUCAAAACAUCUCUUGAGAGUGUCAGAGAAGAGAAAGCAUUACUGAGCACUGAAAUGCAAGUUCUGAAGGCUGCUGACACAAAUGCUCCAAGAGGCAAUUCUCUAUUCGCUGAGGUGGAAGAAAACCGACAGAAAGUUGCUGCUCAGCGAGAGUUGUUAAAAAUGAAAUACUUAAAUCUUAAAAAAGUGCUCAGCCAAAAACAAGUUGAAAACAACAAAUUAAAGUUGGAGAUUGUUAAAAUUCGUAGAGAAGAAAAAGAUGAUGAUAAGAACAUUCUUCGAGAUUAUUCUCAUCUUAUUCAUACUUAUAAAGAGAGAGUUUCAGAACUUGAGAAAGACUUAAGAACAUUGCAGCAGAGGAACGAUCAACCUAUUGUAUUCUCUGGUGAAUUCAGCACUCAGCUACAGUGGUGCAGCACCACUAUAGAGAACACUAGGAAAGAAGUUAGAACUUUACAGGAACAAUUAGAGCAAAGAGGGUCCAAUUAUGUGACCCAAGGGCAUCAACUGUUUGACUCCCAGAAGGAGAACCGAAAAUUAAAAAGAACCAUGUCAAGAAUGCAGUCCGAGAUUGAUGAGUUACGAGUACAAUUGGAUACGCUAAAAGCUGCAAACGAAACUGUUGAUGGAAUCUCCCCACCAGCUACAGACGUUGCUGUAGCGUAUAACAAACAGAAGUGUGUUAAAUUUCAAGAGGUUAUACAAGAACAUAGUGCGACCAAAGUAGCGGAAGAGAAAGUGACGGAUAGUGAUAAAGAAAACUGAAGAGGACUUCAUCCACAUUCAUCUCAGACACUAAUUACAGACUAAUUCAUUUUGCCUCAUAAUAAAUUUUUUACUACUCGACAGUGUGCACUUUGAGUAUUGUGAAAUUACAUUCAAUUCAAGGUGAAGUGGAAUAAUAUAUUGUACAUAUUGCAUUUUAAAUAGGCAUCACUACUCAUAAGUAUAUUUUGUAUGAAGAGUAAUUAUUACUUC